AUGUCUAUCCCAGUUCGCCGUGCAGUAUUAUCUGCUAUCUCAAAGGACAGCGCGAUAGCCUGCUCCUGUCGACAUGUCCCACGCUCGAGGAAUUGGCGCAUACAAGAACAAGUGCGAUGUUUGAGCACCACCCCAAAUCUACAAUCAGGCCACUCCAAGUGGGCGACUAUCAAACAUGACAAAGCCAAAAACGAUGCUGGCAAAUCCAAGCAGCGGUCUCUCAUGACCCGCGACAUCACCAACGCCGUCAAGCUCGCUGGCCCAAAUCCCGACCUAAACCCCCGCCUUGCCCUUGCAAUUUCCACCGCAAAGAAGUCCGCCGUGCCAAAAGCCUCUAUCGAAGCCGCAAUAGCCCGUGGGCAAGGUCUCUCCGCAUCAGGUGCCGCUCUCGAGAACGUCCUACUCGAAGCGAUCUUACCGCCCUCCAUCGCCACGAUAGUCGAAUGUCAAACAGACAACAAGCUGCGCACCCUAGCCGACCUGCGCCUCCUUGUAAAAGAGGCAGGUGGCAGUGUAUCAACGGUAGCCUUCAUGUUUGAGAAAAAAGGUCGGAUAAUAUUACGAAAGAAAGAUGGUGUUGGGGUCGACGAAGUACUAGAGCCGGCUUUAGACGCUGGUGUAUUGGAUGUCGACGAGGAUGCCGAAGGGAGAGUCGUGCUAUACACAGAACCUGCAUCGACAAACAAGACGGCGGAGAAAAUGGCCAAGGAGCUAGAUCUUGAGAUCGAGGAGAGUGAGAUCAUCUACGAUCCUAAUGAGGAUACAAAGGUACCGUUGGAGGAUGAGGGAGCGGCCAAAGAAUUGAACAGCUUCCUGGAUGACCUGCAGGAAGUGCAGGGUGUACAAGGAGUGUAUAUGAACUGGACAAAAGGUAGCAUAGGAGAUGACGUCUGGGAGGAAUUGAGAGGCAAGGUCAACGCGUGA